CUGCCCUCACCCGUGAUGGCGGCGGCGGCUUCGGCCGCGCUCCCGCAGCUGCUCCGUCCCUCCCGGCCGCGGCUGCCGGCGGGCCCCGCGCUGCCCGUACCCGGCAUGGCCGCCAAGGGAGCCCGGCAGCGGCCGCGGGCGGGCGGUGGGGACGCGGCGGGGCGGCGGCCCGAGCCCGCGGGCAGCGAGGAGGCGCGGAACGAAUCAUCUGGGAGCAAAGCCGGGCAAGUUUGGGCCCCUGAAGGAUCAACAGCUUUCAAGUGUCUCAUCUCGGCCAGGUUCUGUGCAGCUCUGCUGAGCAACAUCUCGGACUGUGAUGAGACCUUUAACUACUGGGAGCCGACACACUACCUCAUUUAUGGGAAGGGGUUUCAGACAUGGGAAUACUCUCCAGCCUACGCCAUCCGCUCCUAUGCUUACCUGUGGCUCCAUGCCUUGCCAGCCUGGUUCCAUGCCAGGGUUCUGCAAACCAACAAGGUUCUCAUCUUCUAUUUCCUGCGAUGCUUCCUGGCCUUCCUGAGCUGCGUUUGUGAACUCUACUUCUACAAGGCUGUGUGCAAGAAGUUUGGGCUGCACGUGAGCAGGCUGAUGUUGGCCUUCCUAGUGCUCAGCACGGGGAUGUUCUGUGCUUCUGCAGCUUUCCUCCCCAGCAGUUUCUGCAUGUACACCACGGUGGUUGCCAUGACAGGCUGGUACAUGGACAAGACCUCUGUGGCAGUGCUGGGGGUGGCUGCUGGAGCCCUGCUGGGCUGGCCCUUCAGUGCAGCUCUGGGGCUUCCUAUUGCCUUUGACUUGUUGAUCCUGAAGAAGAGGUGGAAAAGUUUCCUGAACUGGUGUGUGGUGUCCUUGAUCCUGUUUUUGGUGCCCUUGGUGGUGGUGGACAGCUAUUACUAUGGGAAGCUGGUGGUGGCACCUCUCAACAUCGUUCUGUACAACGUCUUCACCCCCCACGGCCCUGAUCUCUACGGUACAGAACCCUGGUCCUUCUAUUUCAUCAAUGGCUUUCUGAAUUUCAACGUGGUGUUUGUCCUGGCCCUGCUCGUGCUGCCUCUGACCUGUCUGAUGGAGUGUCUGCUGCAGAAAUUCCGUGUUCAGAAUCUGGGCCGUCCCUACUGGCUGACCCUGGCUCCCAUGUACCUCUGGAUCCUGAUUUUCUUCAGCCAGCCCCACAAAGAAGAGAGGUUUCUCUUCCCCAUCUAUCCCCUCAUCUGUCUCUCUGGUGCUGUGGCUCUCUCUGCUCUUCAGAAAUGUUACCACUUCAUCUUCCAGCGCUACCGCCUGGAACACUACACAGUGUCCUCCAACUGGCUGGCCCUGGGGACUGUCUUCCUCUUUGGCCUUUUGUCACUGUCACGUUCUGUUGCCUUAUUCAGAGGCUACCACGGGCCCCUGGACCUGUACCCGGAGUUCCACAGGAUUGCCACUGACCCCAGCAUUCACACGGUGCCCGAGGGGAGACCAGUCAAUGUCUGUGUGGGCAAGGAGUGGCACAGGUUCCCCAGCAGCUUCCUGCUGCCAGACAAUUGGCAGCUCCAGUUCAUCCUGUCGGAGUUCCGGGGCCAGCUGCCCAAACCCUUUGCCAAGGGACCCAUGGCCACACGGAUCAUUCCCACGGACAUGAAUGACCAGAACAAGGAGGAGCCAUCUCGAUAUAUUGACGUUUCCAAGUGCCACUACCUGGUGGACUUGGACACAGCAACGGAGAGCCCGCGGGAGCCCAGGUACUCCUCCAACAAAGAAGAGUGGGUGACCAUUGCCUACAAGCCAUUCCUUGAUGCUUCCAGGUCCUCGCGGCUGCUGCGGGCGUUCUACAUCCCCCUGCUGUCGGAGCAGUACACGUGGUACGCCAACUACACCAUCCUGAAACCCCGCAGGAAGCAAGCCAGGAAAAAAAUGGGAGGCUAGGAACACACCUGGGCCAGCAAAAAAAAAACCCCAAAGCAUCUGCUGGCACUCUUGGACAGCUCCCUGUGUGAAGGAUGGUGCUGGGAGGAUUCCCCGAUGAGCUCUGGCAGCCUCUGCUCCUCUGUCAGGGCUCUGCUCUGCCUCAAGCCAUUGGAAAAUCCAGCAGCCACCUAUGGAUGUGUUAUCCCUGCUGCUCCCUGUGUUGUUCUCUCUUACGCCGGAGAAGAGAAAAAUGGAAAAUAAAAAGGGGGUGGCACCGCCAGGUUCUGCUCCAGGCUGCAAAUCUGGGAAAAUCCAGCUCAAAUUCUCUCUGUCUCUCCCCCACCCACCCCCCCCCACUGUCCUCACCUGCUCAAGCAGUGCUUUUUUUCACCCAGGGAGUUUUUUUUCCAGGUAACAAAGCUUAGGAAUUUUCCUUUUCCAAGGGGAAAAGAGGAAAAACACCUGACUGACAAUGAACUGGAAUGCACUGAAUCUCAAGGAAUGAAGCAUCAUGCACCACAGAGGAACAGCCUAAAGCUGCUCUGUCCAGGAGAAAUUUCCAAGGAUAAACCUGUGCUUUUGGGAACAAAAAACCCAAACUGAGACAAUUAUGUGUUUAAUGGGAUCAGAGUGUUCGUGUUAUCUGUGAAGCCAAGUGUUUGUUUGCUAUUUAUAAUGAUUUUUUCAAGAUCCUUUGAACUCUAGUUGUCAGCAUCUUAAAAAUUCUGGAAUCAUCCAGAGAGGAGAAGGAUAAAUCCUUUUUUUUUUUUUUGCAGUUCUGUUUCCCAGAAUAGCCAGGAUGUGUUACGUGGGUCCAACAUGCCUCAGAGCAGUGCUGUGCUUAUUCCAUCUCCAUUUUCAAACGUGCAGCAUCACCAGCUGGAUGGAAGGAGCUGUUCUCGCUCACACCCCUGGGAUUCUGUGGGGAUGGGAUGGGGUGGAGCAGAGGAGGAGUUCUGCCCCAUGGUGUGACUGUGGUUGGGUUGGUGUGAGCAGGGGGAUCAGGGAGCAGAUUUGGGAUCCAGAAAAGCUCUGGGGAUCCAUGUGUUGGAUGCAGGGCUCAGCAGGGUGGGAAGGCUGUGAUCCCACCUGAUCCUGCUGGGACAGAGCAGGAGGAGCUGCAUGAGCAGCAAGGCUGGGCUGUGUCAUAGGAUCAACUUUACAAACACAGGGAGAGGUUCUGAAUCCCUGCAUGGCACCAAGGAGGAGGUUUUUAAUGUUUGUGCUACAAACAGUGCCCAGCCUGGAGUCUGGAUGGUCACACCAUGGAGAAUCCCACUGCACCCCACUCCCUGGAGCAGCAGCUGGAAGCUGAGGCACUAAAUUCAGGUUUAGGGUGGUGUCUAAGUUGUGCCAUCCUUAGGGAAGUGGAUUUCAUCCCAUGCAAGUCUCCCCCUCCCUGAGUGUCAGCUGUGGAGCUCUGAGGUGUCCCAGGAAUGUGGCUGGGAUGAGCUGUUCUGGGAGGGCAGAGCUGCCACCAGAGUUUUGUGUCCGUGUCCAUCAUCUCCCCUCUCCCUCCAGCCAGCUCUGCCCUCGCUGAAGUUUUACCCAGGGCUCUCCAGUGCCAGUGAAUCCAGACCAGAACUCCUGCCCUGCUUGUUGCCUCUUCCCUUGCUGCCCCCGACCUGAACUCAAAUAAAGCGACCGAUGCAGCUCAAGCAGUGAUGGCAGCAGCUCUGUGGUCCCAUGUCCCAGCCCAUCACCACGUGUUUGGUGUGAACACAGCGCAGUAAACACCCAUUGGAAACCA